AUGACAGUCCAACUGUCCCGGCUGAAAAGUACCUCGCUGUUCUCCGCAAGCGUUCGAUCCUCAAUCCAGUUCAACGUUCAAUCCAAGGACUGGAUAACUGACCAGCUUGGAGAUCCGUGGGGAAGUGGGCCGCCCGACCCAGACUUGCCGUCUCACUCAGCUAACAGCUUAGCUCUAGACUACUACCGUAUAUUAGCUGCUGCUCCAGUUCCCCGCCUUCAUCACCAUCGGCUUAUUCCUCCCCUCCACAAUACUCGCACCCACUGUGGCCAAAUAAUGUCGACCGCUAAGUUCAGAGUCACCGAACAUAUCAUCCCCGCAUGCUAUGUCCGGGAGUAUGCGGGCAGUACCGUGGACCAGGAGGAUGUCCUGCAUCUCCACAUCAAGCAAUACACGCCUCGCGAUCUACCCGAUCCCGUCCCAGCCGAUGCUGUCACUAUCAUUGCAGCCCACGCGGUGGGCUUUCCCAAGGAGCUGUACGAGCCGUUAUGGGACGGGCUUCUCGUACGAUCCGCUCAAUCCAACUUCCACAUCCGCGGUAUCUGGAUAGCAGAUGUCGCCAACAUGGGCAUGAGUGGGGUUCUCAACGAAGAUAAACUCAGCAUGGACUGUGAGUGA